UUGGGUUGCGUUGUGGCGCGUGCGGGAAUGGCGCGGUUUUAUUGAGGGGCGGGCAGGAGGAGGAGCAGCCGGUGGCGGCGGAGGAGGGAAGGGCGGUCCCGUGGCUCGGCGGCAUCUCCGGGGAGGAUGCCGGUCCAUUCCCGGGAGAAGAAGGAGAACAACCACGAUGAGAUGGAGGUGGAUUACGGGGAGAACGAGGGAAGCUCCUCGGAGGAGGAGGACACCGAGAGCUCGUCCGUGUCCGAGGAGGGGGACAGCUCAGAAAUGGAUGAUGAGGACUGUGAAAGAAGAAGAAUGGAAUGCUUAGAUGAAAUGUCCAAUCUUGAAAAACAAUUUACAGACCUCAAAGAUCAACUUUACAAAGAAAGAUUAAGCCAAGUGGAUGCAAAACUACAGGAGGUCAUAGCUGGAAAGGCACAAGAAUACUUGGAACCAUUGGCAGCUUUACAAGAAAACAUGCAAAUCCGAACAAAGGUGGCAGGUAUCUAUAGAGAGCUCUGUUUAGAGUCUGUAAAGAACAAAUAUGAAUGUGAAAUUCAAGCUUCUCGCCAGCACUGUGAGAGUGAGAAGCUCUUGUUAUAUGAUACUGUACAAAGUGAACUAGAAGAGAAGAUCAGAAGAUUAGAAGAAGACAGGCAUAGCAUUGACAUUACCUCAGAGUUAUGGAAUGAUGAACUACAGUCCAGGAAAAAAAGGAAGGAUCCAUUUAGUCCAGAUAAAAAGAAACCUGUUGUCAUAUCAGGUCCCUAUAUAGUUUAUAUGUUACAGGACCUCGAUAUACUUGAAGAUUGGACAACAAUAAGGAAGGCAAUGGCUACGCUUGGGCCACACAGAGUAAAGCCAGAACCACCUGUCAAAUUGGAAAAGCAUCUGCACAGUGCUAGGUCUGAAGAAGGAAGACUCUAUUAUGAUGGAGAGUGGUAUGGACGUGGACAGACAAUAUGUAUUGAUAAGAAAGAUGAGUGCCCUACAAGUGCCAUAAUUACAACAAUUAACCAUGAUGAAGUGUGGUUUAAGAGGCCUGAUGGAAGUAAAUCCAAACUGUAUAUUUCUCAGUUACAGAAAGGAAAAUAUUCAAUAAAACAUAACCACAAUUGACCAUUACUAAUCAGAUGUGUAACAAGUGGUGUUAACAUGCUUGAUGUGCCAUGAGGUGAAAGAUGUAUUUAAUAAUGUUUUGUAUUCCCAUUAAAUUUAUGGCAGUAUCUGAUGUAUUUGUAGUACUGUAUGUAAACUUCAUAUGGAUGUCCUUGAAUGGUGAUGACUCUUAAUCAUGUUGACCAAGACAUUUUACCUCUAAGCUGGGUCCAGUGCCUAAGAUAUGAAGUAUGCCUUCACAGAUAAUGGCUGAACUUCUGAUUUAAAAAUAUUUGUAAAAUGCAAAACAUUUGCUUUUAUUAUUUGUGACUAGAUUGUGUGGUAACUGUGCAAUUAUUUUUUACCAGCAGUUCACUUCAUAUAUUAAGUGAAUUGUCAUGUUUGUCUUGUGAGUGUAAGUUAAUCUGCACAAAUGUUGCUUCUGAAUAGUCUAAUGACUUACAUAUUCUUUUAUCCAAAGUGAAUAGAAUUUUUUAAACUUGAGACCCUGGACAGUUCUGACGUUUUUAUAAGGUUUACCAUGCCACUUGUAACAAAAUAAAGUCAAUAUUAAGACAUUUAUGAGAAGCACUUUCUGGUACCCCAUUAUAAAUUUAAAAUGUUGGUGGCUUUCUUUUCUAAGUUAUGCAAGAACGUCACUAGCAAAGGCAAUGUAAAAUUAGUUACACUACAGGUAGAGGCAGUGCUAUGUGGUCCACAGAGGGCAUGAGUGCCUGGCAAUAUUACCAUGUAAAUGGUAAAUAACAAAGUAUUAUAUUGCAUGCUGUACUUGUCUGAUCUAUAGUCUUAUGAAACAAACACUUUUUGUCAAAAGUAAAAUGUACCCUCAGAAAUGGUAUCUCUGGGACAAAUUAACAGUGACCUGCUCACCAUGUGCCAUCUUUCCAAAUUUCCCAUAUUUUACUCUUUUCUUAAUGGAAUUGUUUCAUGCAGUUUAGAAAGUUAAGCUUGCACAGAGGUUAUAUUUCAGGACAUCAGGGGCAGAGUCUGAAAUCCUUAAUGUUAUAGUACCUGUUUGGAGCAUGUAGAAUAACAGGUGGGAAUGGAGGAAAAAUAAGUUUUUCCUGGUGGUUGUGUGCACUUUACUGUCCAUUAUGACGACUCAUCUUGGAGCAAGGAAAACAUGCAUUUGCUUAAGUUGAUCAUGGCAAUGCAAAACUCUCUUUUGCCCUACAUAAUACUUAACUGCUUUACCUCUGAAAUGUCCUUGCUGGUGCAGGGUGGUAACUAUGUGACUGUUGCCAAAAGUCUCUAAAAUAUUGGACCUUUACAGUGAUAGAAAAGCAUUCCUCAGGAUAAACUGCAUGUCACAUUAACAUUAGCCAACUGUACAUAAAAUAACAAUUGAUGUGUUGGCUUUUGACAGUACUUACUGUAUGUACACAGUUUGAUAAAAAAAAUUGUAAUAAAAUAUUUGUAUUUUUUAA